AUGAUUGGUCACUCUCGCGAGGUGGCCAACCACGCCGCCUGCGCUGGCGCUGGAGGGGCUGGCGGGGGCGGUGGAGGUGGUGGUGGAGGCAUUGCAGGGGUGGGGGUGGUGGUGGGAGUGGUGGCGGGGGUGGCGGCGGCGGCGGCAGCAGUGGAGGCGGAGGAGGCGGCGGUGGUGGCGAAGGGAGCGGAGGCGGUGGAGGUGGCGGAGGAGGCGGAGGUGGAGGAGGCGGCGGAGGCGGCGGCGGAGGCAGCAAUGGACCUGGUCGCGGCUCUGCACAGAGGAGUGGCUCCGGUGGGCGGGGGUUGCUAUCUUUGA